AUGUCACAGUCAAAAUCACAGGUGUCACACACCAGAUUCUGUAAAUGCUCUAUUAUAGCCAUUGAAGACUGUGAGCUCUGUGAACCUUUCAGAGGUAUUAUUCGAAAGGAAGAUGUUCGAGAAUUUGAAAAAGACACGGUCGAGAUACACAAAUGUUUUCGGACAGGAGACAUUGUCCUGGCCAGAGUAAUAUCUCUUGGCGAUGCACUUUCUUACUACUUGUCGACUGCCGAGAAUAAGCUUGGAGUUGUCGUGGCUUUGGGCCCCUUGGGUGUUCCAAUGGUGCCCGUCAGCUGGACAGCCAUGCAGUGCCCAGUGUCUAGUGUCAAAGAACUGAGAAAAGUGGCCAAGUUGGCUCCAGCCACUUAGGCUGAAGGGAGCUUAUCUUUG